AAGGUUUCUAGAGGCUUUGAUGAAUAAUAUAAUUUUGAACGCUUACCGACAAAAUGGUAAAGAUAGGGACGCUCUUCAGAUAGCUGAAAGGACGGUAAAGAAUUUUGAUAUCGUAGGAGCUAUUGAUUAUCUUCUCGAACAAUUUCAGAAACGAUAUUUAUUUUUGAUGAUAGACGAACUUAGCCACCUGAGUUACCUCACCAAAUACUAUAGUGAACUUGCCGCGAAACAGUUUGUCGAGUCUGACCGAAAAUAUGUACCUUUUCGGAAUUUUUUCCGUGUUUUGCGUGAUUUGUUGAUUACAGGGAAGUUAAUUGUCUAUUUGGCAGGUCGGACUGCUGAAAUCUCAGCCCCCCUGUCUGAUGCUCGCUCCAGUAGUGUGAGUCUCCAUAUGUUGCGGUUGAAUCCCUUUAACAUCCAUGAUAUUAACGAAUAUAUUGAGCUGGCAACUUAUGGUGGAAAGUCCUUGAAGGACUGUUUAUUGCCCUCUGAUGAUUUACGGUAUCGAUUCGUAGAAUUGUUGAAGAAGAAGACAGGGGGUAUUCCGUUGAUUGUAAGGAAUACUUUAUUAGCCCUAGUAGGGAAAGUUUCAAACUUAUCGCAACCUGUUAUCAACGAUGAAAAUAUGGAACUUUUGUUAGAUAGUGUCUUUAGCUCUUUACUACUCGAGUCGGUAACGUUUAUUAUUCCAGAGAUACUAGAUUCCGCAACCCUUCUUCGAUAUCAAUUUGUCCUUUUGAAUUAUCAGCUUGGAACAGUUUUUCCAAUUGACUUUGUAAUUACUUUAUGUGGAACGAGAAGUUAUUUGAUGGACUUGGUUGCAACUUUUGGGUUUUACUCUGAAAUUUGUGAAACUGACGGGAUUGAUUUGGGCACUGAAUUCAAGAUUGGUUGUUGUGAUUUUAUAUUGAGAGCUCAUAGCAACUAUAACUUUUUCCUUGAGGCUACUGAACUCUUUCCUUUAUCUCCGUUUAGUUAUAUUCCCGACACUUCAACAGCAAAAGGAGUCUUCUUUGAAUUUGUAUUUAUGAAGAUCUUUCGCUUUCGCUUAUUAACUUUUCUUCAUUCUAGUUCCUCGCCUAUUGUACAUUCUGCUAUUCCAGGAAUUUUCCAGGGUUCUUUUAUUGAACAGGACAAUGUUUCUUAUUCUAUGGAAUCUACAAAAUCUAAUGAUAUACCCAUCUUGAGAAAUGUCUCUGAUUCAUUUUCUGACUAUUAUAGAGAAUUUUUACAACGUUGUGGUAUUUUUGUUCCAAAAGAUGGCAAUUCUAGUGGUGCUGAUGCAUAUUUUGUAUUCCAUAAUGGACAAACCCGUUAUGUUGUUGGAUUUUCAUUUAAAUUUUAUCACAAAAGUGAAUUUUCGAAGGGAGAUAUUGAGAUGGAAGCAGAACAAUUUUUUCAGGGAGUUGUUUCCGUUUUGAAUGACGAAUCUCCUUCAUCUGUUCAACUUUGUUUUCAGUUUGUGGUGAAUGCAAGUGGUUUUGUGACUCAACAUUCUUCUGGGUCAACUUUGAAUGAAAGUAGUCGAUCAUGUCUGCAAUUGGUAGUUGUUUCGCAAUGGAACCUUGAACGAUUUUUGGGAAGAGAAAAUUUCGAUAUUUUUAGGAAAAUUGGGAAGGCAAGCCGAGAAGAGUUCAGAAAAGACUUUUCAGUAUGGUGUAAAACUGUCUUUGAGUCGAUGUCUAAUGAAUAUGUUUCGUCUUUGGAAGCUGAGCAAUCGAAUGUUACUUUAAGUAUAGCUCGAAAUGUAAGACCGAGAACCAAUGAGGAGAAUAGGAUGCAAAUGAAAAGUUUUCAAAGUGGUAUGCAAGUGGAACCAAGGGUUGCAGCAUCCAGUUCUUUGUCUUCGUCAUUUGAUUGGAAUGCUUUCUUAAGAGAACGUUGUGGUUUUUCUAAGAAGAAGAAGUUGCCUAUUGUUUUAGGAAACUUUCAAGAUUCGGCAGAGUUUCGCUUUCCAGACUCGAUGAAGAUUCUUUACGUCGCAUGGAGUUUUCUAAUUUUAGACUCUGAACGAAUCCAUUGCAUUGUAUUUGUGUUUUAUUGUGUUGUGUGAUAAGACUGAAUAAAGUUUGGCUCUUACUAUCUGAUGCGAGUUACAUUGGUAUGAAAUCGAUACUCACAAUAUUUCAGGACAUCGUGUUGUGGCUUAGAACUAUUCAACUCAUUUACAUUAAAGUGUUUUUAAAAUUC